GGGAAGCAAUUCUGGCUACUGAAGCGGAGGGAGUUUCGAAAUAUUUCGUGAUUAUAUACGGUAUAAAUUCCAAAUAGUUUCCUGAAUGCACAGUCACAAGGAAGCACUGAUGCUGUCUUUCAAACAUGGAGCUGAAGUUGGAAGUUGUUCUGUCAUCCAGCAUCAAACGGAAGAAACCAUGGCCGCGCUUCUGCUGGCUCGGGCAGGAGAAGGAAUCUGUGUUUCUGUUGGAUGACAAGAGGAUCAGUGAAAUUAACAUGGUGUCUGGUCGUACCAAGAAGAGAACUCCUAAACUCCAUCCUUUGCUCAACAAUGUUGUGACAAUGGCUUCAUCGCAAAACGGUAUGUGGCUUUGUGGUCUUUUGGUCUCUGGAGAAGUGUUUCUGUGGAACCGGGAUAAAGAUUUGCUGAAGACUGCUGCAGGAGUCCCAGAAAUAGUUCAGAUAAUUACUUCUUUUCAGGGGAAUUCCUCAAGGCUGUCCCUCCAGGUUUCCUGUGAUGGGACACGUGUGCUAUUGGUGGCCAUAACUGGGCAAGUUUUCCUGUGGGAAUGUAUAGACGUGAAGGAUUUGACAGGAUUGCGAGAUGGUCCAGUCAAAGGACACUGGGCUCUGAUAAAGUCCCUAGAAGACACCAUCCUGCCUUCUUCCCAAGACAAAGAAGCAUCCCAGCACACAAUUUUUGUCAAGACAGAGGUUAUGGGUGAUAGCUGCUUAUCUGCCUUUGUUUUCACAUCUGGGAAGAAGCUUGUUAUCACUUGCCUUAAGAUUAAAUGGAAAGAAGGUCACAUGAAAUCAGGUUUUGUGGGAUACAGGAUACAGUGGGCCACUAAGACAUAUCCCAUGUCUCGUCUCACUCCACCAUGCCAACCAGUCAAGUCCAGAGGGGCUUUGGUGCCAGCCUUCUCACCAGACGGCCGACUGUUAGCCAUUGUUCUGAACCAGAGGAAACCUAAGGCUACACAGGUCCUCUUUGUGAGCAUGCAGAAUUUUGUCUCGAUAUCAAGUGGCCUCGGAGGAUGUGGAAGUAAGAAAAUGGAGAUCCCCUCCAAAUACAUAAGGUCCUAUUGGGUGGGCAGUGUCAGCUGGUCCCCUGGAGGCCUUUUCUUCGCAUGUGUUUUGAAGCGAGGCUCUCUUCUUAUGCUGGCUCGCCUUGGGGGUCUGCUCACUUUAACAAGCUCUGGUUGCAAUGUCGACUUUGGACCCGCACACUUCCUACCCCUGCACCCUCUCGUCACUUACCGUCCACCCAUGUCUACAAGGAAUGGGGAAGCCUCUUUGUCCAGCUCCAGUUUGUCUGUGCGGGACGUGAUGAGACAGCGGUAUUCUGUGACCUGGCAUCCACGACUGUUGUAUCUCAUUGUGUCUGAUGGUUACAUGGCCACAGUGAUGAGGGUGUUAGACAGGCCUUCUCCUGCCCUGUUACUAAAAACACUUCUGAAGGACACAAGAAAAGAUCUUGAGAAGACCAGCCGAAUGCUGGAUGAAUCACAGAGUCAUGUAAAGGCAUGGUUGGACUCGGUAUCCUGCUUGAAUCUGGACCUCAGCCUGGAUGUAUUUAGUCCCACUAGUACAUGUCGACCCAAGACCACAGGCUCUUUCAUUUCAGCAGCCACAAAUGGAUCCACUUUGCCUCAAUUUCUGCUGGACCAGCAGACACUGGGUGGCACAAAGGAGCUUCUUGAAAACAUACAAGCCGUCUUUGAAGAUGACUCUGAUCUAGAUGGACUUCCUGCCGGUUCUCAUGUGGAGGAUGGUGGUCGUUUGGAGUUUGCAUCAAUGUUUGACACGAUCCAUGCCCUAGAGACACACGCUGACACCUCAUUUGUUACUGGCCAAGAUUAUGAAACUGAUUCUGUUGAACUGGAGAGGGAGACUCUUCUUCACCGUAAACUUGGGAAGAUCCAGAGUAGAUUGUUGACUGCGUGGGCCUUUGGCAUCUCUCUUGGAAAUGCAGUGGAACACAGAGCUCCUCUGCUGAGGCACACUCUGCACUUUUUGGUUCGAUUUUCUGCUUUACUCCAUUUGGUACCCAACUCUGUCAUCCAUACAGGAAGAAUGAAUACCUCGCCAUUUACUUGGCUCUCACAGCUCAUCAAGACCCUUAUUUCUUUCCUUUCCUGGGAUACUGUUCACUCAAAUGGGCCCAACUGCUUAGGGCUGAUGGUGGAGUUUACGAAACAGAUAAUAUGCCUUAUUCUAAACCCUCAUCCUGACUCCAAACACAUGAGCCAAUGCCUGGUAUCAUCUGAAAGUCUAUCCAGAGUCAUGCUUAUAUUGCAGCUUAUCUCUGAUUCUCUUGACCACACUUACUGCUUGCAGCAAGAAUCUGACUGGCCCUCUAUUGAGAAGCAAUCUGCUUCACAUCCACCACAGCUCUCCUCUUCAGAUAUAUAUCAUGUGCCUCAGUUACAGGAUGAGAAAGAGGAGAAAUCAAUAUUUGUACCUCAAGCUCAACCUGCUCCUCAGCGACCGUCCAGCAGAUUGUUGGGAGUGUGGCAGCUGGUGUACAGGGUCACCCAGCAGUAUAAAGAAGAACUAAAAAGAUUUAAAGGCUAUGAUGGCUGGGACGAGGAAGAUCAGCAUUUGUCUGUCAUCAUGUCCCAGAUUCAGACAGCACUGCAGGGUAUUGGAGAAAGACUAGAAGAGGGCCCCGCACUGCUGAGUUAUCCAGGUGAACAUCUUUUCCUGUGUGGCUUAUACCCGGAAAGUGCCGAUGUGUGGCGGUUACAGAUUUGUCAAGAGAGUGACAAAAGUCGUGAUCGUAGUGUCUUUCAGCAGACACGGCUUUGUCUGGCUCUCCUGUAUAGUCUGCUAUCACAGUACCAACUAAAAGAAGCCCAGCAGCUGGGGGACCACAUGUCUCAGCUGAUACUGUACAGGGCUCGACAGGAGAAGGACAGCGUGACCUCCAAAACCUCAUCUUUGAUAGAUUCUCUUCCUUGCCCAUGGCUCCCGAUGGACCUUCACAAUGACGCUGCCUUUGCGGUGGUUCAGACACUGGGGAGAUUCAUGGCCUCUUACUUCACCAACCAGCCGCUCUCCGUCCUGCCCGCUCACAAUGUCGUAGUUCUGCCUCCACUACAUCUACCUCAUGCCCCUAGUGUUGAGCGUGUGGUGUCGUUGUGCCAAGAGGAGGUGGCUCGUGCAGUUCGACAGCAGCAUCUUUCGGAAGUAUGGACAGUGGACUAUGCUCAGGACCUGCUCCUGAUAGGGGGUCUACUUCCUGAGUCUGUUUGGUUAGCUUAUCAUCUGGGGGACUGGAAAACAGCAGUGUCUCUGAGCCUGGCGUACACCAGUUACUGCACCAACCAUUUUGACUUCACUCGGCUCAGGAGGAGAGAGCUCCACCUGCCAGCAGUUUUAGAACCAGAAAGCAUUUUUCAGGCGGAGUUGGAGUCUUUUCUGGGCAACAAGACUGCCUCCCAAGAUUGCAUUGAUAAAGAUGCUGACAAGAGCUUAUCAGAUCCUUUGGAAGGAGAAGACUGGGACUUGUUACAGAUCUCCAUACAGGAGAUUCUGAAAGCUUCAGUCAUUGCAGGACUGAAUGUUUUAUCUUCACCCUUGUCUACCUUGCUGGACAAAGCCAAAGACCUGUGUUCUUCCCUACCUACCUUGGUGCCCAGUGGACUGUAUCUUCCCUCCCCACCUCUGUACUGUCCACAGCCUUCUCCCAACACACAGGAUCAAAUAGGGACAGAGGGGCAGUUUGCAGAAAUCACAUGUCGACACAAAGUCUCUAUGGAUCUUCAAAGAUUAGUGUUGCUCCUAAGAUCUGGCCGGUGUUGCCGUUCUGCUGCUCAGUGGUACAUCAGCUCUCUGCGCCGUGCCAGACACCUGCUACACAAGAUCAAGAAGAAGUAUUCUCAUCGAUCCGCUGCUGAGGAGGAAAAGGCUUUCCCGGAUGGAUUGAUGAAGUUCAUCACUCGUAGUGGUUUUUUCAGAAGGGGGCCGAAUAAUGAUGGUCACCUGGACUCUGACAUCAUUCAGACUAUUAUUGUUUUCAGGGAGCUGUGUGCUCUAUGCUGGAUGCUUCAUGUCAGAGACCAGCUCUCAAUAUGUUGCAGGAGGUAUCAGGCUGCCAGAGAGCAUGUUACAGAUGAAAAGUUUUCUGGAGAUUCUGAAGUGAAUUCUGCCUGUGUUGAUGCUCUCCUUUGGGCCUGUCGACUUCUGCCUUUCUCACGCUUCCUUAGUGCUGAUGAAAUUCUUCAAGACAUACUGCUCAGCCUCAUGUCUGAACUACCUCCUGUGUCUCUGGUUGCAGACACACUUGUAAAAGCCUUCCCAGAGGAGAAAGAGUCUGUCAGAGUCCCUUUGAGAGAAAAGUAUAACUCGCUGUUGGAGAGGCUGAGGCAGUGCAAUGUGCUUGAUGGGAAAAAAGAAGAAGGCAACGAGCUCAUGGUGAUUCUCAUUCAAGACAAACACAGGCAAAGGAGGAAACAUCUGGCACGACUAGAAAGGCACUUGGCUCCCCCUGUGCUCAAUCUGUGGGAGAAAGAGGAUGAAGAGGAGGAUGAUCAGGAACAUGGGAUGGCCAUGUUAGGGCAGCUGUCAUUGGGUACAAGUCUGAGUACCAGCACCAUAACUGACUGUGGUUUCCCAUCAAUGCGAAUUGAUGGAGACACAACAGAUGAUACAUCUGGGGCAGUCUCUCCUGAACAGUAUUCUAGAGCUAUGACCGGAGUCAAAAGAAAGGAGAAAGAAAGAGAAAAUGAAAAGAAGACUGCUGUUAAGAUUGAAAGCGUAAUUCAAGAGGAGAGUAACCAAGGCAGUGCCAAGAAAAUAAGGGAGCCCUCCCCACCAGUGGUUGGGACCUGGGAGUUUGAGCUGGAGGAUGAGGAGUACUUGAGUUUCCUGGAGCUCUUCCUCAGCUACGUGCUAGAGAAGGAUAGUACCGAUGGUGGGGACUCGAGCAGUGAACUACCUUUGUUUAAGGGCUACUGCUCUGAGCUGAGGAAGAAGGAGUUGCAUUCUCUCACCUUUGACGUGCUCACCACCAUACAUCGUCGUCAAAGAGAUGGGCUCAAUCCAGCAAGAAAACACCCAGGCCAUGAUCCACCUGUAUUCAGAGCUGGUUAUUGCUACAGACCUGUAAAACAUGGCACAACACCUGAACUGCAAACUUCCUCUGUCUGGAAUGAAACCCCCAUAACCAGGUCUAACCCUUCUGCCAGUUCUCAUCCUGGACUGAGAAUAGGGCGGCAAAAAGGUUUGUUUGGCCUCCGACAGCAAAGCAGUGUGCCUUUAGACCAAAGAGUGAUGGGAGGGCUGUCUGGUAGUGAAAGUAGGCCUAUUCAAAAUGCUUCAACCACUGCACAGCCAUCAGAUAACAUAUUUAGUCCUUCAGUGUCUGUGGAAGCUGUAACUGAAUUGCAGCAGGGCUUGGAUACUCAAUUGGAAUCUAAGUUUCCAGAACUGGGCAGGCUGCUGGAGUGGAUGGUUCGCUGGGCUGACAAAAGGGCGCUAAUGGGGCAUCAUGGUAGAGUAAAGAAAGAUAAAGCAGGAAAAGUUGGACGAACAGCAGAUGAAGGUGUAGUGAUUCGUGUCAAAGCCUCAGCACCUGCCAUCCUUACUUCCCUCAGUUUGCUGGAGCGCAGGUACACCGCUCAACUUGGGAUGGACUGCUUUAGCGCCCACUUCCGAGUCCCAGAAAUGGAAUGGACAGUAGCCCCUGUGCUGCAGUCUGAGGUGGAAAGUAAGCUAGAAAGAGAGAGCAGUGUUGACACAGGCUACCCCGGAUCAGCUAACACUCCUGUCACUGGUCUAGAUCACAAUCUACAGCAAGGAGAACUAUCCAUUGGUUCUCAUAUAGAUGAACCAGAAGAGCUGAAGAGUCACCAGAGUCCUCUCCCUGCUGUCCAGAAUCAGCUGACUUUUGAUGCGCCACACAGACCGUCAAGUCCAAUACAGCCAUCUCUCGAUGACUUAGAUGUUACACCUGAAAAAGACUGCAAACACAGUGACAGUGAGGGCUUGGAUGUGUUGUCUUCUGGUUCCAGUGGAAAAAGCUGCACACCCAACAUGAGUUUAAAGCUUGCAGACCUAGACUGCUCAGAAAAAACUGACAAUAUAUCCAGUUCCACCUCUGUUCAUGCUGGAAGCGUACAAGAACCUCCACACCCAGAGCCUCUUGCACCUUCCAUUAUACAGUCUGAGGCUACAGUCCAGGCAGAAACUUCUGAUUCAGCUGGCAUGCCACCCCCCAAACCAUCUGUAGCUCCUUCAAACUUUCAUCCACAAAGCUCCACAGCUAGUGGAGCCACUGCAUAUUCUCCAAACUCCAAUCAGCCAUCAACCACCCACAUUCCACCAAUGAGAGAACGUCUGGGUGAAGACUUAUUCAGGCUGGUUCAGCAUAUCAACUACAUGAGUCUGAGAGAGGUUUUGGGAGUUACAUUUGCCAACCUACAACUUGCCCAGCAGAGUGCUUCUUUGACCCACCCAGACAUGAACUCCUCAGACCCUAAUGUGCCAUCAUCUUCCACUACCAGGUUCGUUCCUGAGCCAAGCACCUUACCCAAUCAAGCUACCGUCUCUGUGCCACAUCCAGUACAGACAUAUUCAGGAUCCAAGAAUACCCAGUUCAUUCACACCCAUACAUGCCGACCUCCAGACCAGCCUGCCAAUCAACAGACACAGAUAAAAGCUCUGCUGUCUAGUACAACCAGUGUAAAUUUUCAGGAAAUGCAGCCACUGUCCGUCCAGGCGAACUCGGCAGACGUUCAGCUGUUUGAGAGCAGGAAGUUAAUCCCCUCCUCCGAGGGCCUUCUCACCACUACAGACACUGUUCACAGCACUCCUGUGUUGCAGCCUUGUAAUGGUAGCAGCCAAAAUGACUCUGUUCCACAGGUUUUGGGCCUGAAGUUACCCCAGCAGAAUGCCCCGCAGUGUUAUCCGGCCCAAAACCCCCAAGCAUUGCACACUUUAAAUCCUGCAACCUCAAAAUUUGAUCAGAAAAAGUUUAAGCACAGUGACCAAACCACCUUAAAGAAAGCAGACAGGUCUUCAGUUCCAAAAAGACAGCUGAAUUUUAAUCCUCCACACAAUCCUACUCCCAGAAACUCUCAAAAUCAGAUUUGGCCAUCGGAGCAGUCCAGAGGUCAAGAGUUCUCCCUACUCCUUCCCGCUUUUCCAGCUCACACACCUGCAGCACUGCAGGGCCUUCGCCUUCUGCACGUACAGUCUGUUUCUCAAAGCAACAUCACCUUCCCCAGAUUGCCUUCUUCUCCCAGACAUCCUCCUUUGAUUGCAGCUCCAAUUAGAGAAGCACCUGCGAUCAAGCUUCUGCAUAUUAAAUCUGAACCAAAAAUGGAGUUACCCUUGGCCACUGCUUCAACCCAUGUAACUCGUCUCUUUUCCAUGGAGGAUUUGACUAACUUAGUGAAGAGAAACCCGAAUGCUGAAGAGGCUCGGCUGCAGUUACUUAGAGUAGACCCAUCUGCUGAAACAACUAGAAGAGACCCCACUUCUUCCACCUCUAUCUCCAACAACAGGCUGAAGAGGAGAGAGGGGAAGGCGAGAAAAACUGAGGUCACAUUCAGACCAAAUGACUCCAUCAUUCCUACACAUGAGCCAGCUGAACUUCCUGUGAGUGAAGAGCCUGCAGCUGCCAAAGAGAUUAUCCCCGAACAGGAUAUUCCCAUUCUUCCUGAAUCUUUUGACUCUUCACUGACUGGUCAGAGAUUAUUGGACAGAGUUAUGUCCACUUCAGCUGAGCUCCAUGCCUUUGCUUCCGCAUGUAAACGGCCCCCAGAGUGCCAUGAUGCUUCCACCAACACAGAUCCAGGUUAUACUCCCAAGCUUGUGGAUAAAGCUGUAUCUGUCCAGGCUGGCAGCCCUAAAUCACAAAAUUCUGGGGAUUUCCGGGUGUGCAGUGAAGUCACUAUUCAGAACACCAAGGAGCCAAGACAGGAGGAAGAGAAAGUUAUGGAUGUGGGCAGCCGCCAGUUCAUAAGUGUCUUAGAUAUAGAGGAAAGGAGGCACCGUCAGGAUCUUCCAUUCAUCCACCCUUCUUCACCUACAUCUGCUCAGCUUCAUGUUCUUGCAACCUCUGUUAUCAGGGGUGAUGAUGUCGGUGCCGUUCCGCAACUGUCAUUCACAAUUCCAGAGAAUCUCCUGAAACCCACGACUCAACCAGAUAUUCCCGAGGAGUCCCCUUCAGUCAGCCACAUUGAACCCAGCAGGGUUUCCGAGAGAAACACUCCACUAAACAAGCUGGAUUCCAAGUUGGCUGCUCUACAGAACAUUGCAGAUCAUUUGGAGAAGGACUUCUCAAACUCCGGGAUGCUGGUUAACACUAUUGAAAAGCUCAAGCCAGAGAAGGUCCCUUAUGUGAGGACGACCACAGCAGUAAAGAAAACUGUCAGACUCAAUGUCCCUAAGAAAGCAUGGGCACCUGAUGUGGACAUUUUACCUGAACUGAGUGAAUCCCAAGAAGAUGAUGAAAAUCAAGAAGAGGAGUUUGUGUUUGAUUCCAGUCCUGAAAGAACAACUUCUUUUCAUUAUUCCACUUCUCCGCACUGUCACAGAGCUGGUCUGUCCCACCUAAACAGCCCACCAAGAAUGGAAGCUCAGUUAAAUGAAACAUUCAGGAUAUCUCACGUAUCAGCAGAUGAGAAUCUGGGUCAGACUGAGCUAUCCGAUACAGCAGAAAUCUUAGACGAGUUGAUAAGAGAAGGCUAUUUAUCUCAGACUGACUUGGAUUUGUCCACCUCACAGACUCCACACCGUAGCAGCAGGCAGGACCAACUGCAGAGUAGCUCCAUGUCGCAGAAUCAUGCAGAGGAUGAGAGAAGAGAGCUGAGGAUGUGGAUGAGAAGAAGACAGAGGGAAAGACUGGCUGCUUAUCAAAAACACAGAGAGACCCUGAGAGAGAGGGAGCACAAACCUUUCUCUUCUUCAGCAGCAGUGUAUUCAGCAACCAAAAAUAGAACGACCAGUUCGAGAAGCAGAGAGAAGAAAGAAAAGGCCCUGCUUCUUGAGCAGUACAACAAGAGGACCCAUGAAGCUUUUUCUUUGGUCAGUGACUUUCUUGCCUCUCCUGCAUCCACAUUAAGCUCGUCAAGGCCUGAAGGACCUCAGGUGGCCUCCGCCACACACUCUUCCUUUGCUCCUCCCUCAGGCAGCACUCACAGAGUUUACAGUGAUAUCAAUAAUAAAAGAAGUCUGAAACCCCAGUCAGGACAAACCCCAGCCAGCCUUCGCCAACAGUUUGCUGAAGUGCAGGUACGGCCUUCUGACGAUUACCACAGGAGACUGGGACUACACCGACCAGCGACCUUUUUGCCAAAGGACCGCUUGUCUCAAGUGACUAAACGUGGUAUGCUCAAGAGCCCAAGUAAACUUCCUGCAGCGAGCCACAGUAAGGAACAGCAUGAUUGGUACCAGAGAAAGACGGAAGUGAACAGAAGUUCUUCAGAAGGAACUGCAGUAAGAACAGGGAUCCUGAGGGAGCAGACAAGGCCGAAAGAGCGAGAAGAGAUGGAGCAAUCAGGGUUUGAUAGGCUGCAGGAGGAGUUGCAGUCUAACAUAGCUUUGGCAGGGCUUUUGGAUGAGCAUGGUGAUGCUUCCAGAUCAGAGAUGGACUGGCUGGAUAAUCUCUCUGAGAGUGGAAGCAGCAACCUGAGCAAAAUAGACUGGGAAGCUAUUGAGAGGAUGGCGGCUGGAGAGGAAGUCUGAGUGUCUCCAGGAAAGCAAAAAUGGUCCACGUAGAUACUUAAAUAGCUUAAAAUAUUGCUGGAAAAAUGAAAUGUGCUGUAUUUGUAUGUACCUAUUACAUAUACUGUAAAUCCAAAGUGUUUUAAACUGAUGAAAAUAAUAAAUAAAUAAUAAUAAUAAAACAAUAAAUUACAUAUGAUGUAAUCAGUUUUGUAGCGUAAUAGGCUUGUCAUUUUUGUGUAUGUGUAAAACUUUCUACAUUUGUACUUUUUUGUACAUACUUCACUUCCUUAAUAAUAAAU